UGCAGUCGUCGAUCGGUCUUCGCGGUGUUCGGUUCGGAAGUGAGCGAGACGGGAAUCGAUUAAUGGUAAACCGUGUGAAUUCUUGAUCAUCAUGGAUCGGUCGGUUCUAAUCUGCUCGAUAUUCCUGACGCUGACCGCGACAGCGACUUCGAAGGGCGUCAACUUCGAUGGCAACGAGGACGUUGAAAAUGCUACCAGCAGUGAGAGCCUAGACACGGUGCUCCGUAGCGUCCCGUUGGUCCAAGGAUCCGACUCUAACGAGAAAUUCAGCGGCAAGAGGAGUCUCUUAAUACUGAUGCCAUCGGAUGACGUUAAAAGACCCAGCAGAAGCGACGAAACGGAGUGUGCAUCGCCGAAGAGUCAAAAAACGAAGCGGUGCAAGGCAUUGCUUCGCGGGAAUCCCCGGUUGCAGCUGGUCUCCUUAAAACCCCCUAACGUAGCGUCGAAACACGAAGCGAACGCGGAAGAUCGUCGCGCAGCGAUCGUCGAAGCGCUCCGCAAAAAACUGAGAUCCGGGGAGUACAAAUUGGGCGCAAUUCGCGGACGCCCGCCGCCGAAGACGAGCGUAAUCGACGACGACAAGUACGUUUGUUAUUGCAGAGAGAAGAGUAAUCCUCUUUCGCGGAAAGACGCAAUCCCCAGGCAGCGAUUGCCGAAGAACAAGCCAGAGAGGAAGAACGAUAACAAGAAGAUGCUCCCCGACGAGAGCAGGCUGCAGCAAAAACCGAUCUACGCGCAGCGACCGCCUCAUCCAUUUUUGUUUGAAAGGCUGCCGAUACGCCAGCCAGAUAACCAGCGAUAUCUACCCGGCCAGCGUCUGCCUGAAGGAGUGAAUCCGAUUUUCCAGCACGGAGGAGUGCCAUACGUGCCCUACAUCUAUCACGUCGAUCCUCAACUAGCGAUGCUUCCAGGAGUGAACCAGGCACACAGUCCGACGAGGAUUAGCAUUCCUUUUAAUCGAAUCGAUGACUCGUUAGUUGGUCAACGGGCGCCCAGCAGUCAGCGCGGUUCUUCCGCGGGUACGCAAGGUAUUGGGCAACAGCACUGUUCGCCGAACGUUGCUGCUAAACACUCGCAAUCGGCUGGCCAAGGAAUUCCAGCGUCGUCAGCGAAAACCGCCAAGGCUAUGGACACAGAGAAACAAAAUGAACAGCGGGAAGAAUCAGGAGAGAAUUCCGAUAAUAAUUUGCAAUCUGUAAGAUUGAAUUCUCCUGAACAUACGACUGUGGAAUAUGAAAGUCCAGCUUCCGGUGUUUCGUCGCCCGAUAAAGAGGAUCUCGUGAGUGCAGCCAAUCCGAAAAACGAAUACGGGACUACUUCAAGUGGAACGUUGGAUUAUUCUGAUAUAAGAGAAGUAACUAGCACGUCCUUCACGUCGAAGGCUUACAAUGAAAAUGGAGAUGAGAUUGAAUUACCGCGUGAGCCUACUAGUUUCAAUGGAUUUCAUCCAACUAGCGUUGGACCAAUGGAUUCCAGUCCAGAUGGGGAUCAAGAUCGAGCAGUUAACUUAGGUAGUACAUUGAACAAUCCUACGGAAAGUCCUGAGGGACCGGUCGAGAGCGCAACGAACGCGGUAACGAGGAUAAGGAACAAGGAAAAUACUGGUUCUUCGUCGUUAACGGAAGAUGAUCCGGUACAUGCAAAUGAUGAUGAAGAGGAUGCAGUAGUAGGAGAGAGCGAUCCUUCUUGGAACCAGGGAGCUUCCGCGAUAGGUGAUUUACAUAGAAAUAUAGAGAACGUCAAAGGAAGUAGCGAAGAUAAUAUGAACAACCCUGAAGAGGUAAUUCCUCCUUCCUCGGAAGUGGAGACCGUGUUAAUCUCGGAAGGUUUAGCGCCCGCGGAUGGCAGCGACGCAACGGGGAAUAUCAAUCACGGUGUCUCUCCGUCGGCCGACGGAUUUUUCACGGGAGAUUACUCGUCCGAGUCGCCGGAAAUGGAGGAUAAUACCGCCCCAUUAAAGGACGAUCACGGGGCGGACAAUUUGAAUUCUGAUAAGGUCAUGGAGAAGAUUGCGGGCCAGGAAGGGUACCAAGAAGGAGGUCGGGUUAACGAUCCUUCGAUGGAUGGCACGGUACAGUCCCCUAACUUAAAUGAUGAUUACACGACGAAUGAGGACUCGUCAGCUGGCGGAGACGAAGAAACAAUGGGCACGCCGUAUCCGGAAAAAACGACGACCAUAGAGGAUCCGUCAUUGCCGUUCUGUGACAACUCGUUGCUCCAGAAGUCGAUUAAGUCGGUAAUUAAUAACUUCGCGGCAGGCAACUUGGCUGAAACGGACGGCAACGGGGGCGGGGAACUGGUGGGUUCACCGGCGGAUGAUUUACUGCAAGAAAUUGUAGAGGUCCCGAACUUGAAGAGCAUUUUGUCUAUGCCACCGAUCGAGCACACGGUACUGGAUAGGGUUAAGAAUCUCCUGGCGAGGGUGACCGGCGUGCCUAGGAUGAAGUUCGACGGCGAAUGGCCGACGAACGUGAUCAGGAAUAGUUUGCGGGACACGCUGGCAGCUGCUCCUUCCUCGAAAGCAGAACUUCCUGAGAACACAGUCGUGGAGCAUCAAUUCAGAGACGGGAAAUGGGUUACGAACCUGGCUACCCUUGCGCCUACCUCGAACGAAGAGGUCGGAGCAGCACCUAGUGCCUUGGAAAAACUACGAACAGACAUGAGGAGCCUUCUCCGGGAUCCAGUAGUAGGUCUGCAAGCCGCCAAGAAACCCGUUGUCCAGAAUAUGAUACUGCAGAGCCUCCGGGACAACUUCAACCGCGAGAAUCCCGCCAGCGAGCAGACCCUCGAUGACUCGUUCCUCCAGGACGCUUUGGAGAGUGAGCUGAACCUGAUGGAGGCGGAGAACCUGGAAAACACAACGAUUAAUACUGAGGAGGAACCUUCGGAGGAUCUUAAGGACAUUGAUGUGAAUAAAUUCUUGGAGAUCGCUAGGGACGAAGCAGGGAUCACGCAAGCACCUACGUCAACUAUGGGCGAUAUUCAGGACACAUCCGUCGCGUCUACUUUGGGUGCACAGAGAAACACCGAAGCACAGUUUGCUGAUACGUCGAAAACGACUGAUGAGACGCAGGAAUACCCUAAGGCUAACCAGCAAGAAGCUGUCUUCUUGGGCCAACCCAAAGGAAUAGAAGAAAGUUUGCUAGAACUGCCAACAGAUUCGGCAGAAGGCGAAGCUGUGGGACACACUUCGUCUGUCACGGAGUCUUGCGAUCUCGUCGGGGCAACGAGGCAUCCUAAGCUCACGACAUACUUCGAAACACCGUCUACAGUUGCUUAUUCAGUAAACAAAUACCCUAAAACAGAGGAAGGUACGCAGACAGCAUCGACGAUCCCUGAAGAGGCUCAACGAUCGAUCUCCCCAAAUCCUCCUAGAGUCUCUCCAGGGGAUCGAGAUGAAACCUCGAUAAUAGACGGCACUCCGAAACAUAUCUCCGCGACAACGGAAGAGACAGUGGGUCUAGCAAUUAGCACGGAGUCUCCUUCGAAGAAUUCUUCCCCGGAUUACACGUAUUUAGGCAAAAUUUCAGUCAAGAAGAACAAUCCUGCUGACGAUGUCCACAGUCUUUCAGAUUCGGAAUUGUUCUACGUAGGCGACGGGGUAAAGCUACCCCUAGAGAUCAGGAAGCUGCCGGACGGUUCCUAUGGGUUGUCCAUCUCCAGAAGGGUCUGCGAGCAUUUGUUGAACGAGAAGUGUCCCUGCUGCGUGCCGGUGAACGGCAGUGUUGUUGGUACAGUGAGGAAACCGGAAACGGAAGACGGAAAACCGAGGAGGAGGAGGAUCGCGAAACGCGGAACUGGAAGAUCGAUUUCAUCCAGGGAACACACGAUUGACGACAGCUUGCAGAUCUCGAUGCCCGUGGAAACUUUCGCGCGGAGGUACAAUCUGUCGCUGAACUUGGAGAAAGUGCAAGCCCCGUGGAAUUUCGACGAGACGGGGAAGAUUGAUGAUCCAGCGAGAAAUCGGGGAAGAAGCGGCGAAGAUAAAAGGCAUCUGCUGCGUGAUUUGUUUUCAGUUCACGGGGUACCAGAGAACGGUGAACCGGAAGUAACUCCUGCGCCAAGAUCAAGCAGGGAUUCUUAUGAGAACAGCGACGCGAUUAAUUAUAAAUAUCGUGGACAAAAGGGCAGGAACCUUGGCAAAUACCGAUACGGGCGCAACAUCGAUCGAUCGGUGAACGAACGAGUGGAAAUAGUAACGGAUGUGUUAUAUUGGCUGAGGGACAUGAUUCUUGAUGCUAAUAAUGGGUCAUAGAUUUGUUGCAAUAUUUUGUAACGGAUAGUAAUUAUCUCGUGCAACACCCGAGUGCACAUAACCCAUUUGACAUUUGUGUCAACAUAACGCGAAGAUGGGCUUGUUCGGGAAAUCCCAGGAAAAGAAUCCG